AUGAGUAUAAAUUGGGUCAUGUUGACACAGGAUGGCAAAAGCCCAGUGCCUUUGCCCCAGGAGAAAAUGUUCUUUAUACAACCCCACGUGAAGAUGGUUCUAGAUUGUAAUGAUUCAGCAGGAGGAUAUCCCGGACAUUCAGAGGGUUAUUUCGAGUCGAGUAAAGGAACAGUGAUUCUAUCAAAUCAAAGAAUCAUGUACUUGGCUGAGGCAUCAAACACACCAAACUUUAGAAAUCUCAAUGUGCCCAUUCGAAACUUUAAAAACUGGAAAUUGGAGCAGCCUUGGUUUGGAGCCAAUUUCGUGUCAGGUGUUGUCAUCCCCGUUCAAGGAGGAGGACUUACUAGAAACAGCAACUUGAAACUGACAUUUGCGGAAGGAGGUGCCAUUGAGUUUACGACCAUACUGCGAAAUUUGCUCGAACGCAUUGGAGAGUCUAACGAGAUACCAAGAGAACACGAGCCAUUACCAGCAUACCAAGGCGAGAGCAACAGCGCCAACGUCCAUAACAACAACCCACCACCUCCUGCUCAUGAUGAAUUACCACCUCAAUAUUCAGCUUAA